UUGACUAAGAAGUAAGCAGUCAUUUCAGAAGCUGACAUUUCCUUUUAAUAAGGAGCAUGUCCAUCUUGCCAUUCACUCCACCAGUUGUGAAGAGGCUUUUGAAUUGGAAGAAAUCAGCUGGUGGAUCUGGAGGAGCCGGAGGAGGAGAGCAAAAUGGACAAGAAGAAAAAUGGUGUGAAAAGGCAGUGAAAAGUUUAGUAAAGAAACUAAAAAAAACUGGACAGCUGGAUGAACUGGAGAAGGCAAUUACCACUCAAAACUGUAAUACUAAAUGUGUUACCAUACCAAGGUCCCUUGAUGGCCGUCUGCAAGUAUCACACCGUAAAGGAUUACCACACGUUAUAUACUGCCGCUUGUGGCGCUGGCCUGACCUUCAUAGUCACCAUGAACUUAGAGCAAUUGAGACCUGUGAAUAUGCUUUUAAUCUCAAAAAGGAUGAAGUCUGUGUGAAUCCUUAUCACUAUCAGAGAGUGGAGACUCCAGAAAUCAUACCUUUAGAAACUCCACCUCCUGGGUACAUCAGUGAAGAUGGGGAAACAAGUGAUCAACAGAUGAACCAAAGCAUGGACACAGGUUCACCUGCUGAGCUGUCUCCAAGUGCACUUUCUCCAGUAAACCAUAGCCUAGAUCUCCAGCCAGUGACGUACUCUGAGCCAGCGUUUUGGUGUUCAAUAGCAUAUUAUGAAUUGAAUCAGAGAGUAGGUGAAACUUUCCAUGCUUCACAACCUUCACUUACUGUAGAUGGAUUCACAGACCCAUCCAACUCUGAAAGGUUUUGUUUAGGCUUGUUGUCCAAUGUUAACAGAAAUGCAACAGUGGAGAUGACCAGACGACACAUAGGGAGAGGAGUAAGACUGUAUUACAUUGGUGGAGAAGUUUUUGCCGAGUGCCUAAGUGAUAGUGCCAUCUUUGUUCAGAGUCCCAACUGCAACCAGCGGUACGGAUGGCAUCCUGCAACUGUCUGUAAAAUACCACCAGGUUGCAAUCUGAAAAUUUUCAAUAAUCAGGAAUUUGCUGCACUUCUUGCUCAGUCUGUAAACCAGGGAUUUGAAGCAGUUUACCAGUUAACCAGGAUGUGUACUAUUAGAAUGAGCUUUGUAAAAGGCUGGGGUGCAGAAUAUAGGCGGCAGACUGUAACAAGCACUCCAUGCUGGAUUGAACUUCAUCUGAAUGGACCUCUGCAAUGGUUAGAUAAAGUACUGACACAAAUGGGCUCUCCCUCAGUCCGCUGUUCAAGCAUGUCUUAAAGCUCCUUGCUUUGGUAUUUCAAGUGGACUUGGACAUAAAAUCAACAGACUUAAUACAACAGCUCGUCUGUCAUAGUAUUUGUGCGUGAUCCCAUGAACUUGCUAUCAGAAGAAUACAAAUUUAGCACUUGAGGUUCCAUCAGCUAAAGCACCUUGUCUGUCUCCUGUGCCCCAGUUAUACUAGAUGCAGCAUAGUGUAUAGAGGUCUUUUAUCCAACGGAUGAGGAAUGGAGAAUUUUAAAAUUGUUUUUAAAGGCAUUUACUUGGUGUAUUUAAAAAAAACAAGUGUCCUAAAGGUUUUACUGAUAACAUGGAUAGUGAUAAAUGUAUCAGUUUUGAAUAAUAAUGUUCUAGAUCCGUGGUAUACCAGAGAAUUUCCUUAACUUUCACUGUAGUGUUUUGCAAGCAAGUCUAGGUGUAUUUCUGUUUUAUAAUUCCAGAUCAUGCUACAGUGAAUUAGAUUUUCUGUCAAGUUUGUUUCCCUGUUUGGUAGAAACUGAUUGCUUUCAGUGCUACUUUUUUUUUUUUAGGGGGGGGGGGUGCUGGUCUUGUAAUCCAUUAUUUAGUACUAGUUUCCUUUCUAGUUAAGAAUUAGUAAUGGAAGACAGGCCAGAGACGUAGUGCCUAAGGCCACAGGUCAAGUCCCCCUGGUAUUUAAAAGUAAAAUUGUAUUUUACUUUUAAAGGGUAAGUUCAGAUUUAUUUCUUUUACAUAACUUAUAAUUUAACAUGGGGUACUAAAGCUUUUUAAAUUUGCUUUUAUGUGUAUGAAAUGCAGCUGUCCAGAUGCUUUUGGUCAUAAUUGGCUUCACAGUAGCCUUAAUUCAUUUAUUUGUUGAAUAGCUUGUAUUGUUUCUCUCUUCCCUCUUGGUCAUUAUGGAGAACUUUUUUCAUUAGUUUUGAUGCCAUGAUUAUUCUCUGGUUCUUUCUCAUGGGACAUGUUACUCUGAAUCCUUGGACACUACACAGUACACCAUUACUAAACAUGUUUAAAUUAAUUGUGUUCUGCAUAUUAGCAGUCUGGGGUUGGGAGGGUACAUCAAACACUGUAUAAAACACAGAGGGUUGUCCACCUUGCAAAAACAAAAUUGCAUUGUUUUCUAAACAUGAUCAAGCUUUCUGUCAUUUUCGUUUUGGCAGUAGCAAGAUUACUGUUUUUCUUGUCUCCUCUGUAUUUUCCCAGUGUUUCUGGUUUUUUUUUUUUUUUUUUUUUUUUUUUUAAAUAUAUAUAUAUAUAUAUACACACUAGUGCUGUGCUUUGUAAGUGCAGCUAGUGAUGUUAGCUUUGAGAACAAAAAGGAUGGCCAGUGUUAUAGCUUUGGUCAGAAAUGGCUACGCAGGAGGCCAUUUAAGAAAGUUAUUUGCCAUAAAGGCUAGGGCAUGGAAGCAGUACCAAAAAUUAAGCCUUGGAAAAUGGGCCAGAUUUUUUUAAUUUUGACAAGCUGUUCAGACAAUUUGUAAGCUAGUUUUACCAGCAGAAUCAUGUAUUGAGUGCUUGCUUCGGCAGCACAUAUACUAAAAUUAGAGCGAUACAGCGAAUUAUGUAUUGGUAGAACUUGUGAACGUGAGGAAAAAGCUUCAUGCGUGUUGCAUAUGCGAACUAUGUGAAUACACUAAUAAAGAUUUUAAUUCUCUUGC